AGGGAGUUGUUGUCGAUGUUGUAGCUGACUGAAACAUGUUUGGAGUCCGACCCCUGUCAAAAUGAGUGUUAUAUUUGCAGUAUUCCUGCUUCCCGUGGCUGCUGCCACCAACUUUCCCUACACUAUUCCCGACCGAUGGAACGGAGGUGUCUCCACCAAUAUAUGCACCACCCCGGACGUGAAACUGUGUGGCUGGGAGAUGAAGUUGGUCUUCUCCGUCAAUGUACAGAGCAUCGCCCCUCAUGACUUCCUACUGACAAACGCACAGUCGAACAGUCGUGUAUACUACAUCAAGAACCAGUCGUCUAACGGUGACAGAUCGGCCGGACAGGAGUUGUGUAUCGGCUUUAACGCUGAUGUCUCUGGGACGUCUCCUGUUGUAAUAUCAAGACUAGUCUUCACGAAGACAUCUUCUGAUGGACAACCUUGCCCAGCAACCGUAUCAGGCGCCUACGCUGACGUCCUUGGCAAAUCCAUCCUGUUCUAUGAGGCCCAGAGAUCGGGACCCCUUCCUUCAACCAACAGAAUACCGUGGAGAGCUGACUCCGCCCUCAAUGACGGCAGCGACAACAACAGAGACCUCACCGGAGGCUGGUAUGAUGCUGGCGACAAUGUCAAGUUCAACUUCCCCAUGGCGUGGUCUACGACGACCUUGGCCUGGGGGUUGAUCCAGUUCAGGGCAGGGUACCAGGCAGCUGGCGAGCUGACCAACGUGUACGACUCCCUGAGGUGGCCACUGGACUAUCUGCUCAAGUGCUGGGACAGUGACCACAACGAAUACUGGGCUCAGGUCGGGGAUGGUUAUGCAGAUCACUCUCAGUGGACAAGACCUGAGGACAUGACCGCAGCACGACCUUCCUACAAGGUCACCAUUGGCAGUCCCGGAAGUGACGUAACCGGCGAGACUGCGGCUGCAUUUGCCGCGGCUUCAAUAGCUUUCAGAAGUGAAGACCAGGGCUACUCAGCUAGGUUGUUGCAAAACGCCCGGUCUCUGUACGACUUCGCCUACAACAACAGUGGAACCUACACCGACAGCGUGCCGGCCGGAGACUUCUACAAUUCUUGGAGCGGCUUCACGGACGACCUUUGCUGGGCCUCUGCCUGGUUGUACAACGCUACGGGGGAGACAGUGUAUAAAGAGAGAGCAAUGGAGUUGAUUUCCUCUAACGAUCAAGUGGAGUUUUCCUGGGACAACAAGAAUGUCGGAUGUCAGCUGUUGAUGUACGAGGCCAAUCACUCUGACGCUGCACUGAAGGCCCUGGUCGAGAACUUCGUCAACAGGUAUCGGUCUUCUGUAACCAAGACACCCACUUGUGAACUCUCGUGGUAUGCCAAGUGGGGCACUCUUCGAUACACAGCCAAUGCAGCUCUAAUAGCGAUGGUGGCGGCCGAUGUCGGCAUCGAGGACACUAAGUACAGGGAGUGGGCGCUGUCACAGAUAGACUACAUGCUUGGUGCCAACGAGGCCGGCCGCAGCUACGUCGUAGGAUAUGGCAACUACCCUCCACAGCGACCACAUCAUCGCGCCAGCUCCUGCAGCUCUGAUCUCAACCAACCCUGCAACUGGAACGACUAUAACAACCCCGGUCCCAACCCAAACGUUCUCACGGGCGCUCUCGUCGGGGGUCCUGAUAACGGGGGCAACUACGCCGACGCCAGGUCUGACUACAUCCGCAACGAGGUCGCCUGUGACUACAAUGCUGGUUUUCAGUCGGUGUUAGCGGGUUUGGUGGAUCUGCAGGCUCGGGGCAAACUGCCGGCGCACACAAACCCGUGUUUUAAAUGAUGGAAGUCUCUUCGUUAAAUCGAAAUAAACAGAUGAAGACUGAAA